UAAAUGCUGGACCUUUGCCUUUCAUUCCUCUCUUGUUAAAAAAUAGACAAGUACCCUUUUAUUUUCUCACUCUUAAAUCUAGAUUCUGAAGUAAUAAAGGUUUCUCCUUUAUUACUUUUUCUUCUCUGGUUCUUUUUUUUGACUGUUCUGUUGCAGAGUUGCUCUGUUACUGAGCAGAAAGCAAAGGAAAAGAGAUAGCUCAAAUUCAUUGAAAAACGUUAACUUUUGUGUGCGUUACCGUGUUUUUGAAAAAAGAGGGCCUUGAACGAGAGAGUACAAAAAAGUAAGCAUGGAAUCUGAAAAUGGCCUUCUUUGAACUUCCUUUUUCUGUUCUGUUCCAUCUUUUUUUGUCUUGGGGAAAGCAUUUCUUCUUUUGCUUUUUGCAAAUUCAGGUGUUCAAACAUAAUUGUGGAGAAAGGAUUAGACCCAAUUUUCUUCUUCUACUCUUGUUGAAAGAGGGAUGGAUGAUAUAGGCGAAAACCAUAAAUAUGGGCUAGAGAACAGGAAUGAGAAUAGCAUAAACUACCAGGCACCUGCUAUGUCAUCGGAUUGGCAAUUUGUUGGUGCCAAUCUUACAAGUGCUGGUAUGAGUUUAGUUCGUAGUGGUAAUCUAUUGGCUAUUGAUUCUUCAUGUGCUUCGGUGGCAGACUCAUUCGGUUCGAACAUUCGGGAACACCCAUCUAGUUCACAGAACUUGGGGUUUUGUGGCAUCAAUAUACAACAUGGUGCAAGCUCUUCAAAAAAUGGGAAAGGUACUCUUACCACUUUGAGAAGUAGCAUUGAUAUACCAUUUGAUAUGGAUUGGAAUGCUGCAACGUUGAAAGGGAGCUUUCUUUUACCCAAUACGAAUAUGAUUUUACCACAGAGUCUAUCACAGUUGCCAGCUGAUUCUGCUUUCAUCGAACGUGCUGCCAGGUUCUCGAGCUUUAGUGGGGGGAAUUUUAGUGAUAUAGUCAGCCCUUUUGGUAUGCCUGAAUCUGUGGGCCUGUAUACUAGAGGUGUGGGAUUGAUUCCGGUACAUGAACAUAUCUUCUCAGCCAAUGAGAUGAAAUCAGUAUCUGGCGUGGAAUCUCAGAAAAUUAAGUUGAAUGUCCCUGAAGCUACUAGAGAUGCUUGUCUGCAAGUUGAGAAUCGGGCUAAAGAAAGCCCUCUCAGGAAUGAGAGAAGUAGAAGCCUUGUGCCAGCCAACGAAGAAGCAAAACAAGGAACUGGCGGUUCUGGUAAUGAGUCCGACAAGGCUGAGUUUAGCAGUCGUGAAGGAGGUCAAGAUGAACCAUCUUCAUUGGAUGGUACAGGUGGUGAACCUUCUGCUAAGGGUCUUAGUGGGAUGAAAAGAAAAAGGAGUUUACAGGAUGCUGAGAUUGAUCAAGCUAAGGGAGGCCAACCCCCAACCGAGGCAGCAAAGUAUGGUGCUGAAAAGCAACAAAAGGGAGACCAGAAGCAAACUACAAGUGCCAAUAAGAAUACAGGGAAGAAAGUGUCUCCAGCUUCUCACCCACCAAAAGAAGAAUACAUCCAUGUGAGAGCCCGACGAGGCCAGGCAACAAACAGUCACAGUCUUGCGGAAAGGGUAAGAAGAGAAAAGAUCAGUGAAAGGAUGAAUUUUCUUCAGGACCUUGUACCUGGUUGCAGCAAGGUUACAGGAAAGGCAGUGAUGCUUGAUGAAAUCAUCAAUUAUGUGCAGUCACUUCAGCGGCAGGUUGAGUUUUUGUCGAUGAAACUUGCUACAGUUAACCCCAGGCUGGAUUUUAAUAUCGAAGGGCUUCUUGCAAAAGAUAUUAUUCAAUCUCGAGCUGGCCCUUCUUCCACUCCGGGGUUUUCUCCGGAUUUAUCUGUUGGUUAUGCUUCAUGGCACCCGUCUCAACCUGGACUUGUUCAAACUGCUCUUCAUGUUACAGGGAAUGAUGCUGAUGUUAUUCGUAGAUCUCUUAGUUCUCAAUUAACAUCGAUGACUGGAGGAUUAAAGGAGCCCAAUCAGCUCUUGAAUUCAUGGGAGGACGAGCUCCACAAUGUUGUUCAAAUGAACUAUGGAACCAGUGCUCCUUCUGACAGCCUUAAUGGCCAUGACCAUCCGGUAAUACAGAACUAGAACUUCGAUCCUUCUCUUAAGGAUCUUUGACUCCAUGCCAGGCAUUUCAUUAUAUCCCCAUUACUUGCUAUAUAUAUGUGUGCCAGCAUUCUUGAAGGUAACCAAGGGAAUGCAAACCACUCUUUCGAAGGUUAAAGUAUAAACAUAUGCUGUCACCAUUCACAUAACGUGCUCAAGGUUCCUUAACUGCAUGGUCUCUCGAAGGUCAAGUAUAAAACAUAUGCUGUCACCAUAUUCCUAUCAUGGCCGAGGUUCCUUGACUGUAUGGUGGGAUGAAUUUCAUUUUCAUGCUUUUUGAGCAUUAGAUAAUGGAGGGAUAUGGAACUCCUUUGAUCAUGGGAAUGCAUCGGUGCCCUAGUCCGAGGUAAGGUGGAUUAGAAUGUAUAGAUUGAUUAUGGGAAGUUUUUGUGAUAUAGGAGUUAUAUGCUUUUAUCUGGUAUUAUCUUAGAUGAAUCUCUUCUGUAAUCUAAGAUAUGGUUGCAUAUAUGACCAAAUUCAAACACUGGAAUUUAUCUGAAGAUUGAUUCCUUUAACAAGCAGAUUUUUUUUUUC